AUGGACCCAGAAGAAUUCCUUAGCGAUGCUAGCAGCCUAAGCCACGCAUUGCCGCCCACUACAGGAGAGUUAUCAGCCACCAAACAGUCCAAACUCAAGGAGCAAGCCAAAGUUGUCCUGACUCCACACAAUCCCUGCCCCAUGAACCAAUCCUGCGAUGACGUCAAAUUGUUCCUCCAGAGAUGCAUUCCUACCCAGGAAGGGAAUCUACUUUCAGAAAGUACAGCACAAGACAGCGAGGACUCUGCGGAAAACAAUGCCACAAGAGAUCGCCUUAAUGAUGCCCAGCGUAUGAUUCAACUCUACAAAGUUCACCCCAAACUUGAGGAUUACUCCACAGGUCUCAUUACCCUCAAUGACAAGGUUAAACUCCCCGGCCCUGAUAGAGCCCCAGAUGCUUUUAGAAGGAUAUGUAAAAGAAAGAUUUUGCUCAAGGAACAGGAGGCAACUCAUAUGGCGAAAGAACUCUCAGAGAGAUAUGGGUCCGAAUCACUAUUCCGAGCUGCUUUUCGGGAAUUUUACUCAACUGGACUCGUUGGCAUCCAACAAACAUUCUGGAGGGUGGACCAUCGUGGUCAAAGGAUCCGACGACAAGCAGAGGAGAUCUCCCUCCAAACAAUCAAUGAACAUCUCUGGCUUAACGGUGCCGAAGUGGCUUUUGUGGUCCGAGGCGCUAGAUGCCUUCCGCAGGAUGCCAUGAACUUUUGGCGGUGGGUAUCGUCCAAUAGGAUAACUUAUUUGGCCGUGAGAGAUAUGCUCGAACUUGGAGAACCAUCCUUUGACAAUUCCGAAGAUGUACUAGAGGAUUAG